AUGGAGAUUGAUUCGAAUAGUGGUGAGAAUCCUUUAUUAAAUGAGAGUGAAAAAGUUGAGGAACCUAAGAGGGGUAUGUGUUUUAGCUCAAAGCAAGAAGUGUACACAUUUUAUGCCAAAUAUGCUAAACAUGUUGGAUUUUCCAUAGCUUAUAAAACUCAAAGAAGAUUAGAAAUUAAUGAUCAAGCAGGGAUUGGGAUGUCUAGGAAUUAUAACUCAAUGGUUGUUGAAGCUGGGGUUUAUGAGUCAUUAACAUUUGAUGAGCGAGAUACAAGGAAUUACAUUAAUAAAGCUAGAAGAUUGAGAAACUUGUUUUGGGCAGAUGCAAUGAGUCGGGCGGCUUAUGAAGAAUUUGGAGAUGUUGUUUCAUUUGACACAACUUAUCUCACUAACAAAUAUGAUAUGCCAUUUGCUUUGUUUAUAGGAGUUAACCACCAUGGACAGUCAAUUUUGCUUGGUUGUGGGUUGUUAUCUAGUGAAGACACUGAUACAUUUGUUUGGUUAUUCAAAUCAUGGUGA